AUGAAAAGGCUAUCGAAUGAUGGUAUUGAUCUCGAAAUCAACGAGAAAGCUUCAAUAUUGAAGUAUAUAAAUACGCUGAAAGAAAAUCAAAAACAAUAAAUUUUGGAAAAGCUACUCAGUUAUGAUAAUAAAGUGUUGAAUCAAGUAUUAUUUAUACCAUUUUUAGGCAUUUCAAAGAUUUAAGUCUAAUACAAGGGGAUCAAUUCCAUUCCAAUUAGUAAACUGCUUAGAUUUCGAAUUAGAAGAUGAUACUAUUGGAUAUCAAAUUAUUGCAGAGGGCAAACGUAUUAGGAUAAUACUCACUAUUUAGUGGCAAUCGUGAUUAGUUCUUAACAAAAUACUGGGUUUUUAGAUAUUUAGUUACCAUCAAAAAAAUGUUUAUUUCAAUUGUAUUUUGAAAGAAUUCAAAGCCUAUAAAAUCUAACUAAAUAAAUCCAUGGGGAAUGCUAACCAAUUCUAAUAUUCAUUAUGACAACUAGCUUUAAUCAUGAAAUCAUUACAUCAAACUUAUAAAAUUCAAAUUUUUAUGGGUUAAAAGAACACUAGAUUUUUUUCUUUUAAUAAGAUUGCUUACCAUUACUAAGUAUGGAUGGACAAAUUCUUUUUAGAAAUGAACACUAAAUUUAUGAAGAACAUAUAGGAAAUGGGUAAAUCUAUUUAAGCAAACAUAUAUUGGAAACAAUGAAAUUACUUGGCAUAACUAUAAUAUAAUUGUGUUCAAUCGAAAAUGUGUUAUGUAAAUUUGGGGAUCCCUAUUGGCUUGGGGCAUUUACAAGAUUUAAAUUAGAUUUAAGUUUCAAAUGUACUUAAAAAAGAAAUACUGAUGAAAAACUACCUACUAUUGUAAAAAAUGAUUAAUCUCACCUUCAUUUGGUUGGUAAUAAUAAUUCUAUUGAUUUAGAAAAUAAUGAUAUGUCAAUAAGAUAAAUGGAUAGAUUAAAUGGGGUAAUAGGACAAGCAUUAUGUUCACUUGAUUACGCAUUGAACUUAAGUCAAAAUUAUAGAUUUUAAUUGCAAACAAAGUAUAAUUUUAUUAUCAAAAAGCUUUCCGAUUCGCUAAAAAAAAUGUACAUAUUUCGAUUACAAAUUAAAUUAACUCGUAUAACCUUAAUUAGCUAGCUCAAAUGCUCUGAAAUUCGAAAUUACUUACUAUGACGCUUUACCCUAUUGUUCUAUCUAGAAGUUUGGUUUAUUUAGAGUUAAAAGAGAGGAUGAAUAUGCAGCCAUUAUAAACAAUUCAAAUGACAAUAAAGACACAGCUUAGACAGCAAGGCUAGCUUAUUUGCAAAGGGAUUUAAAAUGGAUAACAUAAUUGGGAUAUCAUUUUGAUCUUGAAGUUGAAAUCUCGCCCUUGUUAACCUAUUUUGGAGAAGGAUUACAUGAGAUAUUGCAAAAAAUUGAUAUCAUUAAACUAAAGGAUAAGAGUCAAUUAAAUUUAAGUUUUGAUAAUAAAGAAUUAAGAAUGGUAAGAGACUAUAGUGACAACUUUUAAAUAAAACAAAAUAUAAAAGCUCCAAAUUUGGGAACUCAUCUUACCAAAUCUGUGUAAGAAUUAUAAAAUGCAAACAUACUUAAUUUAAUUACUAAAGAAAAGUAACAAUUCUUUUAAUUGCCUCUUGGUGUGUAGAAAUAAACUAAUAGUUCCUCGAGGACUAGUUUGUAUUAGAAAUCAGAUACUUAUCGAGAUGGAAUGUAAACAGAAAAGUGCCCUUAUUUCGAAAACAAUUUUAGAUAAAAUGCUUAUUGA